CAGACCCCCUCAGAUCAGCUAUCAAUGACCUAUCCUGAGGAAAGAUCAUCAAUAUUUUGCAGAAAGCCCCUUUAAAGCACUUUCCAAUUUUGGCUUCAAAAACAGCAUUAAGAAAUCUGAACAAAUCCCUGGAGUAACAUAAGAGGGGCCCUAUAAGGAGUCAAGGGCCCCUGCACUCACAACUGUCAGCUGGCUCAGGGAGAUGAGGCGUUGUUCUUACGUGGCCACGCCUUUCUCCUUUUACAGUAAUGGUUUGCAACCUGUGGCACUCCAGCGGCUGUGAAUUUACUUUACAUCCAUGUUGGGAGUUGUAGUUUUGCAGCCACAGAUUGCAGACCACUGGUGUCCAAAAAACCCUUCCAGAGCCGCAGGAUGUCCGUCAUUACACCAGUCCUGUCCUGGAGCUCCCGGCCUCACACUCGGCCCAGCCGCCAUCUUCCCGGAGACCGCUAGAAGCAGACAGCGCGGCCUCUAGUGCUGAGACCCGCGGAACCUGGAAGUGUUUGUGUCCGGACUGUUGGGCUGUGACACUCUUUCUGUUUACACAGCUGAGAGGGAGCCCCGGACGCCGGCGCCUGCAUGGACAAGUUCACGGCAUCCGGUAUGACCACCGUUCCAGACUGAUCAUAGACGAGGGAUGGCUAAGGUGUCCGCCCUGGGCGGGGUAGAAGAUGAGACCCCCGGAGCAGAUACAGUGGAUGAAUUCACCGCCCCUGGAAAACAGUGGAGCUUACUGGAGCAAAGCCGCCAUCGGGUGCAGGCGCUAUUCCCGGUGACGUUCACGGUCCUGGGGUACCUGGAGAACUUCAGCUGUGAGGACAGAGAAGAUGGGAAGACGCCGGGACGCAUCUGGCUGCAACUUAAAGGCAAGAAGCAAGACGUGCUAAAAGCUAAGGAGUACGUCAAAGGCCUCUGUGAACCUGAGAUGGAGAUAACAGACACCUACCCCAAGGAGAUGCAUUGCAUAUUUGCCGGCGCUCAGAGUUUAUUCCUCAACCGUCUCAUUACGGACACUUGUGCUCACAUCGCCAUGGCGGAAAUUGGCGUCCUAUGUAUUAAAGGGGGAACAGAACCCGUCGUCUUGGCCCAGAGUCACAUCCAACAGUUUGUUAGACUUUUUAGAAACAAUGAAAGUUCACCCCAAGGCCGAGAACCGGAAGUAAAGCGGAGUUUUAAAGAUUUUGUGGAACGCAAUGCAGAUAAGUACACAAUGGACUUACUAUUACUGCCCAGCGCGCUAAAGGAGGAGCUGCUGAACCUGACGUUGGAGGAACAGUGUUCUUCAGUUUCUAGUGAUGCAGAUCUCGAAGUCGCAAUAGUAAAUACCAAUGCGAAAGCCCAGUCCCAUAUUAGUCAGUGCACUGACCAGUCGAGAAGAAACACAUGUACCCCCGUGACGGAGCUGACCAACCAGCUGGACUCUGUGUUUUACGGUGCACCAGAAACGCAACCAAACCCGGCCUCCAUGUCUGGGACAAAGAGACGUAGCUCAGAGAGUGAAGAAAGACGUCUGAAGAAGCCCUUCUCCUUAGAAGGCAUCCAGUUGGACGGUCCCAUCUCCAGAACUCACGCUAAGUCUGAUGUCCCCUUUAUUGACUUGGUUUCUGAUUCCGGUGAAGACUCGUUGAUCGUUGUGGAGAACGACUACAGCGUAAGCGCCGAAACGGAAUACAAGAUCCUUGUAAACUUUUUCAUAAGCAUGGGAUAUUUCAAGGAAGUGGUUGAAAAGGUUAUCUGUGACUUGGGGCAGUUUGAGGAACCUUUGAAGCUUCUUGAACAAAUAGAAAAAGAAUGUAAUAAGGUGCCGAUGGCGAAGAGCCAGGUGGAGAUUAAUGCCCGCAGUCAGCAAAAAGAGGCCAAAAAGGAAUCGCAGCCGCAGCAGGAGGUGAUUGUAGAUCCCGUCAGGACAUAUGCGUGCAGUAAUGGAGUCUCUAGGAACAGCCCCAUAGGUACCGAAGGAUUUGCAACUAAGAAACCAGACAUGGAAGUGACUUUACCAAAAAAUAUAAGCUUUGUUGCAAGAGGCGCUUCUAGUCCUCCAAGGAAUAGACCUGACUUGGCCCUAGAAGGACCCGGACCAUCCAACCUGCCUCCAGUCAAAGUUACGAAUCCGAUCCCUGUCAAAUCCUCCAGUCCUACUUAUCCACCAGUACGUGUACAGAAUGACAAGUCUGAGAACCUGAAGCCAUCUGUAACUGGAGUUCAAAUAUUCCUCAAUUCAAUUAAAACGCCUUAUAAACUAGAGUUAAAGAAUGAGCCCGGGAAAGCGGAUCUCAGACACAUCAUUAUCGAUGGAAGCAAUGUGGCUAUGAGACACGGAUUACAGAAGUUCUUCUCCUGCCGAGGAAUUGCAAUAGCCGUGGAAUAUUUCUGGAAGAGAGGACACCGGAAUAUCACAGUGUUUGUUCCUCAAUGGCGAACGAAGCGAGAUCCCAACAUCACAGAGCAGUACUUCCUUCAGCAGCUGGAAGAACUGGGAAUCUUAUCCUUCACCCCUUCCAGGACGGUGUUGGGCUCUCGAAUUGCAGCACACGAUGACAGAUUCCUUCUACACUUGUCGGAUAAGACUGGAGGAGUCAUAGUCACCAACGACAAUCUGCGGGAGUUUGUGGUAGAAUCUCCUGUGUGGACCCAGAUUAUCAAAGAAAGGUUAUUGCAAUAUACUUUUGUCGGUGACAUCUUCAUGAUCCCUGAUGAUCCACUGGGACGACACGGCCCAAAGCUGGAUGAUUUUCUCCACCAGAAGCCUGAGCGCAGACCUCACCCUCCCACCCCUCGUCCAUCGGACAGCGGAGUGUUUUUCCCCAGCCAUGACACCUCUGUUUCUGGGAUGUUCCCAACUGUCACCAAUCACACACCACAUCCCACAACUUUCCUAAACAAAGCCCCUGUAUCCCGUCCAGCCUUCCAGAACCAGCUGCGCCCGGCGGCCGUCACCCCCCAUCAGAGGACUUAUCAUGAGACUUUAUCACUACAAGUAGACCUCUUAAGAAUAUUUCCUGAAUCCCAACAGAGGGAGAAAAUCAACCAGGUCCUGUCUGAGCAUCCUUACAUGCGGGACCUCAAUGCCUUGUCAGCAAUGAUCCUGGACUGAGCUCCUCUUCGCUCUUUCGCCAAGCUGUUUUAUUUAACCCCCUUUGUUGUCAUUUGUGCGUCAGAUCCGCCACUGGUGGAAUCGUAUUUUUUCUUGUACUAAUGUUCAUCGCUAGAUAGAACGAAGAAAUGGAUAGGCUGUUCAGCUGCCGCGAGAGCUGUACAUAUUAACAGGAGCAUGAACAAAAAGCUAUAGAAAGUAGAUAUAUAUUUAUGUAUUAUUUUUAUAUAUAUCUAUAUCUCAGGUCUGAGCCGUUAUUGCCCGGGGAGGAAGGGAGGCUGGAAAAGAAUACAAUCCUAAAAAAACGUUUGCAAACAAUAACUUUAAAAGAUAAAACCAGUGGGGUACUGGUGCAGCCACUAUACAGCAACCCUGAACUGGGAAUGUGGGGUGACACUGACUGAAUUGGGAAUCUCUGCUCAUCAGAUUGCUUCCUCCCAGUUCAGGAUGCUGGAAAGGACUGGCUGCGAUGCAGAGAGCGAUGCGUUAAAGGGAACCUGUCACCAGUUACCUGUGUGCACAGACCCAUAGCUCUGGUUCACCUGAUGCUGCUUUUUUUUUUUUUGAUCUGAGACUCCGUUCCCAACUUAUGCAGCUUUUUCCUAAU